CGUCCCUAGUCCUUUAAAAGCACAGAGUCUAGCGGACCAGUCUGCCUCGCAGAGAUAAGCGAGCACAAUCUAGGGCAGCCGGUGCAGCUCCUGGCAGUUCUGGCUCUGACCUUCUGGAACAGAUGUCUGGGGAGACACCGAUGUGUAGUAUGGACCUACGUGAGGUCAAGGUGAAGGAGACCAGCAUGGCUGGCAGAUGCCGUCUGUCCUGGUAUGAGCAAUAUGUACAACCGUGUUUAGUGGAACUCUUGGGCUCCGCUCUCUUCAUCUUCAUCGGAUGUCUAUCGGUCAUUGAGAACAAUCCCAAUACUGGGCUCCUGCAGCCUGCCCUGGCUCAUGGGCUGGCCUUGGGGCUCAUCAUUGCUACCUUGGGGAACAUCAGCGGUGGACACUUCAACCCUGCUGUGUCUCUGGCAGUCACACUAAUCGGGGGCCUCAAGACCAUGCUGCUAAUUCCCUAUUUGAUCUCCCAGCUCCUUGGGGGGCUGAUUGGGGCAGCCUUGGCUAAGGUGGUGAGUCCAGAGGAAAGGUUCUGGAAUGCAUCUGGGGCAGCCUUUGCGACAGUCCAGGACAAGGAGCAGGUGGCGGAAGCCCUGGGGGUAGAGAUCAUUCUGACGAUGCUGUUGGUGUUGGCCGUGUGUAUGGGUGCCGUCAAUGAGAAGACAAUGGGCCCCCUGGCCCCGUUCUCCAUUGGCUUCUCUGUCAUUGUGGAUAUCCUCGCAGGUGGUACGAUCUCUGGAGCCUGCAUGAACCCUGCCCGUGCCUUCGGACCUGCUGUGGUGGCUGGCUACUGGGACUUCCACUGGAUCUACUGGCUUGGCCCGCUCCUGGCUGGUCUCUUUGUGGGACUGCUCAUUAGGCUCUUCAUUGGAGAUGAGAAAACCCGCCUAUUUCUGAAGUCAAGAUGAAGAACUGCUGGUUCCCAUCCUCAGCUGCUUGUCCUGAGUUGAGGACAGGACAAUUCCAUUAUUUCCUGCAGGACCUGAGCUCAGAGGAGUCACCAUGACAGACAUGGCUUCUGAGGCAGGCGGGCGGGCAGGUAGCUGCUGCUCUGUCCUGAGCAUGCUCCUGGAACCUGGAAUUCCUCUGUGCUCAUGGACUGGGCCAGGGCCCAGCUUAAAAACAGGUAGAGACCACACAGAAAAAGAGGGCGGGGUUUCUGUUCUCGAGAGGGGGUGGGACAUAGGAAGGCCGAGCAGGUGGAGCAUGCCGUUGCUAAUGCACACAGUCCAUUUCUCCAGCCCUCUUUCUUUUUUGCUAUGUUGGAUUUGGAGCCCAAUUCAUGCAUACUAGGUGAGCACUUUGCUACCAAGCCCCCUGUUCUCCCCACCCUCUUUCCUCUUGAUUACACUGUUACAGAAGGGCUUUCAGGAGCCCAAAGAUCUUGCUUCCCCAGCUGCCAAUCUGACUUUGUAAUAAAUGGAUUAGUGUUUCC